AUUACCUCGACGAAGUACCGCCUACUGACAUUUGUCCCACUCAGCCUAUGGGAGCAAUUCCACCGCGUUGCAAACUUAUGGUUCCUUCUUGUCGGUGUCUGCCAGAUGCUCCCCUCCGACUUGAGCCCGACUUCUGAAUGGGCCACCAUUGCGCCUCUCGUAUUUGUCCUCAGUUUGACGAUGAUCAAAGAUGCGAUAGAGGACUAUCGCCGUUAUAAGAAUGACGCCAAGGUCAAUAAACGCUUAUGCCGAGUGGUCGUUAAGAGAGAAACAGCUUCAGAGAGCGGCCGGAUACUACGGAAUGGCCAGUCUAUAGCCGGUCAGACCGCCUACCUGCUCAAGCUCACAGUUCGACUGGAUUACUCGAUGUGUAUGAUAGGCUUGGAGCUCAUGCCUUGGGAGAACUUCACAGCGGGUUCGAUCAUAUAUCUAAGCAGAGGAGAGGAAGUCCCGGCUGACAUACUGCUCGUUGCCUCUAGCAAUGCAGACGGAAUGGUUCAUGUGGAGACAAGCCAACUCGAUGGGGAGUCUGCAUUGAAAGUGAAGCAAGCUCUUCCUGAGGCACGGCGAAUGUUCCGCUCUCUCUCAUUGGUUUCCGAGUGUGUCGGGUCAAUGACAUGUGAUGCUCCAAAUGCUUUCACCAAUGAGUUCAACGGACUCUUUCGCCUCAGAGGAGGGCUGAGAGAACCUGCUGAUGCUAAGAACCUAGUACUCCGCGGAUCGUCAAUCCGGAAUACGGCGUGGUGUUGCGGCGUCGUCGUUUACGUGGGAAGGGACACUAAGUUAGCCAUGAACAUGACCGCGAACGCGCCAGUUAAGAGGUCCAAGGUGGAGCAUCAGAUAAACCAGUAG